CUCCCACACAUGCUGGCUGUGCACUGGCGGUGUUGGUGCUACUUUUGAACUGCCUUCCGACCGUGCAUUCCUCAGUUUCAUGAUCCAUGGACACGCGGUAUGGCGUACUGCACAGACCCGUUCUAACAGCUGAUAACUGUGGCCUUUCUGUCCGACCUUCAUUAAACAGUAUUUUUUGCUGCUUCGGGGAUGUACACAAGUAAAAACCAUCUACUUACUGAGAAUAACAAACAAAAUCCUCCGAGAGAGAGCCGAGGAUAGAAUUAUCUAAAGGCAUCUCAAAACUCGAAACUCCCCAUUUUUACCGCAAGAAAAAAUUCUGCGGUUGCUUAUCACGAUUUGAUUUUGAACAUUAUUAUGUUUUGAAAGGAUAACAACUAAAGAGUGAUUACUUUUAAUAUAAAUGUCUUCCUGUUUCUGCAACUCGAAGCGACGUGCAAGCGCAACGGACAGCUUAACAGCCUAUUUGUUUCUCCAGGCGUUGACAGAUUGUUCAGACCCAUAAAUCUUUCCAUGUCUAACAGUACAAAAACGGGGGAUGUGUUAUCACCGUAUUCUGACGAGGACCCGAGGGAUAAUUGAGAGAUUAUCUGUUAAGGAAGCAACGCAUCAUUCUUCUUCAAAAGCGUCUUUAGACCAACCGGGGAGGUAACUGGUGCUAAUGUUACAAAGGUUUUGGAACAGUUGUCUGGUUAUGGUGGACUAAUCUCCAUAUGUCAAAAUUCAAAGUCAAAGUGAUAAUCAAUCCGCACUUAGGGGCGCAGUUGUUGCUUAACUUGCUCCUUCACACAAAAUAAACACAGGCCACGUCUGGACUGAACUUGAAACGUGAAGAGUGCGGGGCACGGAAUAUCGCACUUUCUUUGUCAUAAGUCAAACCUCUUGCAAGACAAAGAGGUAACGGGACACCCCAUGCGUGUGUUCAUACGCAGUACCGCUUGCUACAAGUCAGUUUGUGGUGUUUGGAGGUUAACCCGAGAAGUCGACACUUCGCUACAUGUAAUGUGCCGAAACAAGAUCCAAUCGUGCCACAGAAUAAAACGGUUGUAGGAUACUGUCCUAACCUUUUAUCUCAAGGCGCAUGUCCCCAACAGCCACCAACAGCUCUGUACAGCAACAAGUUGGAUUGUUGUUUAGAACAGACAGCGCGGCACACGUGGGACUUGUGACUCGAAUUCUGUCUCCAUAGACUGACGAGCCUAUGUAGACAACACCGGAGCCGACAUUCAGUGAGCGUCGACUGUCAACACAGACGGCACUUCAUGCCGGACCUUAAUUAAUUUCUUCUUGUCACCUUUCGCUGUCAUAAAAAGAGUGUACGGUUGACAUCACUAAUUUCAAGUACGACCCAGGUCACCUGUCUCAUUACCUAAUCCAUCGCAGAGCUGCCUCGUGGCCAUCAGUAAGACUCAAGUGUUAGGAGCUUUUGAACCGUAAAGGAGGGCACAUCGCCCCACAAGUUCUACGCGAGUUUCUUUCCAAGGUCUCAAACCCCUCCUGUUGCCAUCUUGGAUGCCAUGCCUUGUGUGUGCAUGACCAGCGUAAUAACAGGUAACUUCAGUGACACGCCGCUGUCAAUGGUGUUGCAUUCAAGGCAGUGUGUCCUUCGACCGAAGUUCUCCUAAGGUACCUGUGGCUUUUAUGGGUUUUCUUUUAAAAACCACACAAGAAGCAAUCUGCGUCGACCUGCGUACCUCGAAGAGCGCGCACUUUUGACCUAACGGGGCAAGUGAACACCUGCCUGCUCCUUCCGCAGCUUGACGUAUAAAAAGCAGAACACCUUGGAAAACAAAGCAGACUGUUAAGAGCAGGCUACAACCCAGUGACAAGAAGAUUCUGAUGAGACUACAUUCCAACGAGUUUUAUCUGAAGCAUAACAUUGUGCCUGCACACAUUCGUCUUAUUCUAAGGAUAUGUCUUAUUUCAAGGAUUUUUUCAUGUUUGGAGAUGUUCGUGUAUCUCACUCUUGAAAAUGGUGGCAUCUACGAUUUGUGAUUAGUUUUUUCGCACACUGAAAUAACGGCUUGAAGACUAUCAAGUAUAAGUACUUUUUAACAAGGCUAUGACAUUAACUAUCCAGCUAGCAAGACCUCUUCAAAAGAAAAGUAAUACACUAAGUACAAUGUGUCUAGAUUACACUGGUGCAGGUGACAGUCUACACCCUACUGAAACAUAAAACCAACGUGCACGCGUGGUCACCGUUCUCUCACACAGCGCGAUGGUGAGUGAGCCAUAACCCUUCAUCACAUUCACAGACUCACAGUGAUCACAGCCACUUAGUCCAGGAUACUUUUCCAAGAGAUCUGGAUUUUACCACUGGAAACAUAUCAAACUGAGACAGUAUGGAUAAAACAAUAGAGUCUACGAGUACCGGAUCCCAUUCCAGUAUCAUUGCUGUGACAGUGAUGAAAGCUGCGAUGACAAAUGCCUCUCUUUCUACAAUGACCCUCAACAGUGAUCAGCCCCUUCCGUGUAAUUACAGUGGAGGACCGCCAAUUGAAAAGUGGCAAAAGGAGAUAGAUUUUUAUCUCAAUGGCAUAAUGACCAGUGUGGUCAUCGCCUUGGGGCUCGUCGGCAACACCCUGGCAGUGAUUGUACUCACCCGUCGGACCAUGCACACAUCCACAAACUGUUUCCUAACAGCGUUAGCUAUCUGGGACUCGGUGGUACUUCUCAUUACUCUAGUUCUCAUUUGCCUGAGCGAGCUGUCGUCCCAGUUCUUCAGCGAGGCCCUGCCUUAUGUGAUUGUGUACCUAUACCCGGUAGGACUGGUUGCUCAGACUGCCACCGUCUGGUUGACGGUGUCCUUCACAGUGGAGCGCUACAUCGCCGUCUGCCAUCCGCUCAAAGCAGCCUCCAUGUGCACAAUCCAGCGCGCCCGCAUUGUCAUCGUCGUCAUCUCCAUCGUCUCAGUGCUGUACAAUGUUCCGCGCUGGUUUGAGUACACACUGCUGCAGCAAGAGAAUCCCAUCACGAUGGUGAGAUGCCUCAGCGUGGACAAGACGGAGCUAGGGCGGAACUCGAUAUACAACAAGAUAUACUUUGGCUGGCUCUACUUCCUCGUCAUGUGCAGCAUUCCACUUUGUUCUCUGGCUGUCCUCAACACCUUUCUCGUCAUGGCUGUCAAACACUCCCAUCGGCAGCGAAAGGACAUGAAUGUGAGACAGUCUCGAGAAAACAACGUGACCAUCAUGUUGGUGUCAGUCGUAAUGGUCUUCAUCCUCUGCCAAGUCCCCGCCCUAAUCUACAACAUGGCGUACGCUAUUUCCAUGGAAACAGUCACAGCGAGUCAGGGAUGGAAUGUACUGUCCACGUUUCGCAACUUCCUCGUCAACCUUAACUCCGCUGUCAACUUCAUUCUUUACUGCGCACUGGGCCAGAAAUUCCGAAGAACCUUCGUCAGGACCUUUUGUCCUGCCAUAGCAAAGAGGGCACACGACGGCUUCCACUCCUUCACCUACACCAACCACAUGGACGGGUACGGCCACUCGGGUUCUCAUAAGCAGAACGGCGCGGUCUACAUGAAGAUGACACCCCGGAUAACGACACCCGGCGCAGGAGAAAGUCCUGCAAACGUGGAAGGUAACGGCACAGGGAACGGUAGCGGCGGAUGUAAAGUCACUCUCGUAACCACCGGUAAUGGCAAGUCUUGCAAAACCGAUCCUCAGAAAGUCGCAGACCAGGACUCCGGGGUCGUCGUGCGAAGGUAUUCGCCGCGGGACUCCGUGGACUCCAUCAACAACUGUGAUGGGAUGAACGAUAAGCACGCGACAGGGAAAAACAAGAUCAAACUUAGGGGAAGUGAGAGGUCCCUUCUGCCUAAAUCUGCAAGGGACAGAGAGGAUGUUUGAGGAGGUACGCCCUUCCGAAAUUUAGCAUUCCGCGAAUGAGUGAGUUGGUUGGUGGUUGAAUGAAUAUCAGAGCGAGUGAGACAUAGAUUUUAUGACUAUACUUCAGAAAUAACAGAACUAGUUAAAGAAAAAGAUGUGCUAUGAUGGUCUGUGCCGAAACAGAAAGCUAGCAAAUACAUAUGAAAAGACAGUAUCGGAAGACUUCCCUCAACGACCGUCAGUGUUUUCAUUAUGUGCAUUGUCGACAUACUUCUGGGGUUCAGACAUCCGAUUAUUUGGUACCCAGACCUAUAUGAGACAAAGCAAUCUGCUGUGAUUCAAACCUGAUCGCUGUCUUUAAUCUGUUUCCUUGCCGUGACGGUGGGUGCAACUGCACGAUACAGCAAGUGUGACAGCAAGACGACAGGGCUUUGUUCUUUAUCUGCAGAUACUUGAAUGUGAUCUCAAGAGAACAUUUAUCUAACGAGAACAAUUUAUUAGGUUAUGUGAUUAAUUUUAUGUUAACGAACAGUCGAAUGAUUUCAUUUUAUCGUCUUUUUUCAUGGGUUUUGCACGGUUUAUUCGCUCACCGAAUGACAUUUGCGAAUUUUUUAAAGGCUUUGUUCUUAAUUUCUCUCUCUCUCUCACUCAGACACACACACACACAAACACACUCAUGCACAAUGAUAUAGUCUCCUGCAAUAAAAGGAUAUCUGUCUCAUCGAAGCUUUACACAAACAUCUUAGCGGUGGGAUUUUCUAAAGCAUAAUAACACGUCAACGAAAAUCUGUAAAAAGAAACACCCUUAAUAAUGGCAAAAUGUGUAUCAACAAAACACUUGUGACACGUGAGUGACAGUUGCCAAAAAAUUCUCUUCUAUUUCUUAUUUUUGAGCACAGCGAUGACUAUUUGGCUGUCAAGACUGCAAACGAUAAGAUUGAAAUUGCGAUUCUUUGGAGGAAAAAACUUACUUGAAAUCUUAUAAGCCAUGAAACUCCAAAAGUGGGAGAAACAAAAUAAAAAAAGAAACAGAAGAAAGCUCACUGGCUCACUAGCCACAAAAAAAACGGUAUUCAACAGAAUUCUUUCUCCCUCUACCAUCCUCUUUGUCUCUGUCACGCGCACACAAGCAUUUCGAACAGUCAGGAUGGCUCACGUGCAAUUAUCAUCUGUUGUGUAUCGCUCGUCUUAUGAUAGCCUCACAAAACUAUUGCAGCUGCAAAGAACAGAAACUAGAGCUGAUUAAGCCUCUUCUGAUGACCAGGUUAGAGAUGAAAUAACGCCAUAUAUCGCAUUCUAUUGAAUAAGCUGUGGAGCCUGCUGUUGCAGCUGCCACAAUGAUAUUCACAGCUGUGACUGUCUGCUCCUAAGCUGCUAUUUUCUCUCCUCUUUUGUAUGUUCUUACAUACAAGAUAGACUACCGCCGCCGGAAAAAGCGAAAGAUAAUUUUCGUUGGUUAAGUUCUUCAGACCGUAGGUCUCUGGAUGACCUAUGUGUAGAUACACACCUCAAAUGCAUCGUAUGCUAAGAAUUGUAUAAAACAAGGAUUUUCCAAAAGCGGUACUAGGUUUAGAACAUACUUCUGAAAAAGGCUUUUUUGAUUGUAAUCAUUUAUGACAAACUUCUUUCUGUUGUUCUGUUUCUCCCUAAAUUCCUCAUCUGAAUAAUUCGUUGAACGCUUAAAGGAUGUGACAUGAAGUGGAAUUUGAUACCUGGUGAUAUCUAAUAAAAUAAUUUCUAAAAAUACUCGUAAAAUAAUUCUCGCCUGAGGUCCAAAAAUUACAGUAUGAUUGUGACCAGAAUUCUUUUACUGGCAAUGAAACCUUGCACACAAAAAAAAUUUCGAAAUCACUUCUAUUAACAGAAAAAAUAUAAUUAUUGUUGAGCAACAAACAUAUCUACAAGAAAUCUCUCCCCCUCCCCUCGCUCCCUCUCUACCAUAAUCUGUCGUAAAACUGUUACUGCUGUGACGGUUACAUUCUGUACAGUUUUAGUGCUCUAUAGUACGACAUUUAUCAUUUACUAAAAUAAUCGGUGCACAAGUAUGUGAUCUUGCUUUUGUGUUUCUUCGUCGUGACCUACGACUACAUGAUUAUAAACAUGUCAAACAUGUCACUUAUAGUUUUAUCUCCAGAUGUUACAUGGAAGAUUUUUAAUAUAGUGUCAUUAUGUUGUCAGAGACU